GCUGGAGCCACUCAUUGUGCUCCGGGCCCUGUUGGCUUGAAGUCAAAGACCGUUUCUGAAGGGUGUGUGUGUGUGUCCCACAAUGCACUCUUCCUUUCCGUGUGAGCGUGAUGGGCUUGUAAAAAAACAACACGCGCGCGCUUCCUAGUUCAAAUAUGGGCCAGGGAAAGAACGCGUCACGCUCCCCGGUCAGCUGGAAUAAGGAAGAACACUGGAUUUUUCCAGCUUCCUCCUGGCGAACAGGGAAACCCUCUCGGUGGUUGGCGGAAUGUCAGGAGCAGUGCAACAACACCGAGGUCUGGAACGCUGACUUGGAAGAAUGCAUCUCCUGCAGCAUCUGCCAGAAGUACCCCAAAACUCUCUCCUGCGACGCCUGCGUGAAAGAGGCGGAGCACAGCACGAACAUCUGGAUGGUGGUGGCGCUGGUCAGCUUCUCCCUCGUCACCAUUCUCUUGGCCAUGGGGAUCGGGGUGCUGGUACAUCACUGCAAGUCCCGCAGCGACAAGCCCCUGCGCGAGCCCAUUGAGGAGACGACGGGGCCGCUGUACGCCAUCGUCUAGAAGGGGAGGCAGGACCUGAGAUACUGGAUUCGGCAGCUCCGCGACAUGAACGUGCUAGCUUUGGGAUCUCGGGAAGACCGUGCCGGAUGGGAGCCGGGAUGCGGCGGCGCCUCGACAGCUGGGCUCGGACCUGGACGCCCCUGGCUCGGCUCUCUCUCGCUCCAUCCUCCCUCUGCGUUUGGACGAAAGAAAGCGCCGGCUGUCUUCCCCCUCCCCUGAGACACAGACACUUGGGGCCAAUCACCUGGAGCUUUUCCCAUGAGGAGAUCCCAUCCACGGCAUUUCCUCUGAGGAACAGCUUCUGUGCUGGGAUUGUAGAUAUGAUCGGGAAUUCUUUUUUUUUCUUUUAUGUUGGGUGAUGGGUUGUUGGGUUUUUUUUUGCGUAUUAAUCUAUUUAUUUAUU